AUGAGGGUAACGCUGCCAGUAAGCCCUCACUACAAGACACGUGGCGAGGUAGCCACCCUGCGUUGGGUCCGCGAGCAUACCGACAUUCCAGUUCCCAGAGUCAUCGCGUUUGAGGCCAGCAACGACAAUAGCAUUGGGUUCGAGUGGAUUUUGAUGGAACUUAUGCCGGGAGCUACGGCGUACCGACGAUGGCGAACGAUGUCUUUACAGCAGAAGUCAGCAAUUACGAAGCGUGUGGCAGAAUUUCAAGUACAACUAUCUUGCUACGGCGUACCCGGUUCUCCCUUCAAGAAUAUAGGGACGCUUGACCUGGAAAAUGGGUCAAGAGGGAUUGAGGCACCAACAGGAGUCACCCCUGGGAAGCUUAUAUCCCAUGAAUUUUUCAUGGGGAAUCGCCAGAACUACGAUGUUCCACGAGGGCCUUUCCGCUCCAGCUUCGACUGGUUAAGCUCGGAAAUACGCUUGAUCAUACUCGAGCAGACAGAAGCUCUCGAGAAGGCAGAAGAUUACGAUGACAGGGAAGAUGCCGAGGAAAUACUGGGCUCAGCUCGAAGGCUUCUUUCCCUACUUCCCAAGGUGUUUCCUGAUGACCAGCAAGACGAAAUUGCGACCGCGCUCUACCACGACGAUCUAAGCCUCCACAAUAUCCUUGUCAACGAUGACGGCGAAAUUACGGCUAUCGUGGACUGGGAAUGCGUCUCGGCAAUGCCGAUUUGGUUGACUACCAAGAUGCCCAAGUUUCUUAUUGGGGAGAACCGGGAAGAGGAGCCAAUUCGGGAGAUUUAUGCCGAUGAGAUACCUGCAGAGUCUGUAGGCCCACCAAAUGACGGCGGCCCAGACGAUCUGGAUAAUGAGGGCAAGAACCAGCUCUACUGGAUUCAUCUGAUGGAGUACGAAACGACGCAACUGCGAGCAGUGUACGAAGCGAGAUUGAGACAGCUCUGGCCGGCUUGGCCUCUACAGGAAAGCCAGAUAAAGGUUGACUUUUUCGAUGCGGUCUUGCAAUGCAGUGCUGGAGUUUUUGUGAAGCAGGCGGAUAGAUGGGUCGACAGCAUAGAACGAGGGGACUUGAUAAGAUGGGCAGAUGCUUAG